GUGCCCCCGGCGCCCCUGGCGCGGUCCGCCCGCUGCGCAGAGCCUUCUUGUUCUGUAGCAACCAAGCAUUUGUCUGCCCCUUCACUUCGUGCCUCUGCCCGCCUCUCGUGGCGUUGUGUAUUUUCCCCACCUUUCCCCUCCCGCUGCCCGUGGAUGCGGUAGUGACCGCUGCUUUGCGUGCUUUUCCCGCUGCUGGACCCACAGGCGCCGGGUGAUGGAGGCUCUGCUGGCGGGAAUGCAGAGGAAUGGCCAGGGGAGCAGUGGGUUCCUGACAUCCUGUGAAGCUGAGCUGCAGGAGCUGAUGAAGCAGAUUGACAUCAUGGUGGCUCACAAAAAGGCGGAAUGGGAGGGACAGACCCAGGCGCUGGAAGCUUGCUUGGGUGUUCGAGAGCAGGAACUUUCCUCUGCCAGGGCUGCGCUGGAGGAAAAGCAUAAAGAGGUUGGCAAGUUACGGCAGCAGCUGGAAGACAUGGAAACAGCCAAACAGGACUUGGUUAGGGAAUACGAGCAGCAGCUGAAGAAGUUUCAAGAGGAGUUGGCUAGGCUGAGGAGAAGCUAUGAGAAGCUGCAGAAGAAACAGCUGAGAGAUGCUAGAGAAGAGGCCAGCAAGAGGCAAGGGGACGACCAGUUUGAAAUGAGCCGACUGAGCAGGAAGCUGGAGGAGUUCCGUCAAAAAUCACUAGACUGGGAGAAGCAGCGUUUGCUCUACCAGCAGCAGGUGGCAUCACUGGAAGCACAGAGGAAGGCUUUGGCUGAGCAGUCUGAGCUCAUUCAGGUACUGUUAAUAUGUGCUGAAAGUUUCUGUUCUGUUUGUGCAGCAGGUGGGAGGGCAGGGAGGGGGGAAGAGACUAAUGAAAUCUCUCAGGCUUGAAUCCAGUUUAGGUUGCCAUUGAAAUGACUUUUAAUGUCCCAAUGGAAUAAGCUUUACGUGUCUAAGUGCUGUGUGGAAAAAAGAUCUGGAGUCUGUCAACAGAAGUUAGGUAAACCUCUUGCUGCUCUCACUCCCCCACUCCAAUUAGCAGAGAAGACCGUAGGAUGGAGCUUUCCCUGAGAGCCAGAGACCACAGCAUACGAUGUUUGAAAGCAGCUGCUCCAUCAGGUUGUUUAGUUUGAAGCUGUUUACCUGCCAGUAGCUAAAAAUGUACCUUCUGUGUCCAGCUCAGAGCAUGGGGUUGAAAAACAGCCUUCCCCAAUGGCGGAUACUUCCACAAAAUGCAGAAUUAACAGCAUUUUUCGGACCUGUUCCUUUCCUUUCUUUUUCAUCUCCUAGAGACAAGGAGCAGUGGGGCUGCUGUCCAUGAAAAGCUGGUCAUUGGGUGAGUUAGUGGUGCUGCAGCAGAGCCAGGUGAACUGACUGGGAGCACAGCUGUGCCAUCACACUGCCACAAUCACAGCAGGCACUGAUAACCUCUUGCUGGGGGCUUCACACUUAAUGGACUCCUGAGCUGCUCUUGAGUGGGAGCUCCUGCGAGGAGGACGUGUGUGAUGGCAGAGCUGAAGCUGGGCUCUGACAGGGGCUUUGUGAGAGGCUGACACCAGCAGAUCUACGAUGCAGAGAGAGUCGCUGAGCAGAAGGUCUUGCUGCUCUGCUGUCUUUGUGUCGUUGAUAGCUCAAUUGUCUGAGAACAGAUGUGUCCUUGGAGCACGGGCUGCUAUCGUGGAGCAUAGAGGAACUGAGCGUUUAGCAGAAGAGCAGAAAUUUGCGGUGGUUUUUCCUUAGCAGUGUAGGUGAGUUAGGUGCAUGGUUCCUGUGAGCAGACUGCCUGAGCCCUCCAUUUCUUUGAAAAUCCCAGUGUGUUAAUAGUCCAUUCUUCUCUGGGAUGUUUCAGUGCAUUUUGUAUGCCUGGCUGCUUUCUGGCAUGAGGUCAAGCUGAGAUCUGUGACCACGGAGCAGUUCCCAUCUUUCAGCUGGCUUUCCUCACACCUGUCGUUGCAGCCUAUGGCAGUGGCAUGCAGGGCUGAGCACCUCCAUGCAAUACACACAGCCCUCCAAGAUUUCUGUGCUGUCCUGUGCCUGGAAAGGAGGAUUUGCUGAAGUGUCUCCUUAAUGCAGAAAUAAAUGCUCAGGUCGUGUGCCACGGCGUCUCGUUGGGCUGUGUGCUGAACUUUUGCCCCUUCUUGAUUACGUUUUCUGUCAUGACUAUUCAAAUAAUGAAAAGGCUGUAAUCCAAAUUAUACCACAGCCUUCUAAAGGCAGUGCUCCUGCAGUCGGCUCAGCUGUGAGGCAUUGUGUGUCAGACAAGGGACGAUUCUGAAGCCGGCAGGAAUCGCUGCUCUUAGAUAUGGGGAGGAAAGGACCGCUCCAAUAUUUUGUUUCAGCCUUUAGAAAUUAUAAGGUACUGUACAAAAAGGGAAUAGGUAAAGGGAAUAAUUCUUAGAAGCUUACAUGAGAGCUGGCUUAUUACAUUUCCCCAGUCAGCUAUGUGGAAAGAAAUGCCUUGAAAUAAAGCAUUGUGCUUGUAAAUAAUACUGCAUGCAUUGUUUGCUAGUCAGGCAUUCCUUAUAACUGUGAUUUUUUUUUUU